GUUCCCAGGCCCUGAUUGGCUCCACAGGGAUCGGGGUUCCAAACGGGUGACCAUUCCCAGCGCGAGGCAGGGAGCAGGUGCAGGAUGGAGACCUUGGAUGAGUUUGACGACGAGUACCCCCUCAGCAUGUCAUUCUGCAAGCUGAUUUCCCUAGAGGACUUCGAGGAGCAGUCCUUGUCCUACACUGAACAAUGCCUGCAAGAGCUGGUCACAAACAUGGAGCAGAGCCCAGGGAUCUGCGAGAGGGUCAUGAGAAAGCGGAAGCAGGUGGAGAAGGAAGAGGCUGGCCUGGUAUCAUUUCUAAAGGCCAAGUUUUUCGGCACACUUCAGGGGGAGAUGAACUGCUGUAACUAUGUGGGGAUCGCAGAGAUGCAAGAGAAGGUGGCACAGUUGAAACGAGACAUACAAAAAGCAAACAGCUAUGCUCGGGCUGCAAAGUCUGGAAAAGUGCGACAUCCAAGGCACAUAGCUGGGAAGCAUCAGGCUUUGGAGGGAGGCUUCUGUCGCUCCCACACCAGCGCUUUGCAGUCUGCUUCUGCUCCCAAGGUCACCAUGCCCAGAGUCUUUGGCCCUUUCCCACAACUUAUGAACAAGCAGAUGGACAGAGCAACAGCUUCAAACACUGACCUGAAAUAUCACUGGGCUGGUGUGUCAACAAUGAACCAGAAAAGCAUGAUUGAUCUACAUCCUAUAGUGUUGAACCCUGCAGGUUUCUACACCUCCCUCCAGACUGGCAAUCACAUCAAUAAGCUGAGGCACACCAGCUUCCUAAGGCCUCUUGGCAUCAAUCCCACACCUUCCCAAAAACCAGGCCCUUCUGGCACAAAAUCUGCAGCCUCUGUUUUUAACACGCCCAUGCUGGCCAAGUUUCAAGUUGGCUCAGAAGAUGACAUGGAUAAUGAGAAACCUGGCCCCAGCUCUCCUCCAAAGGGGGCAUAAGUGUCUCUUCCUGUGUGGAAAACUGCUACUUGAAUAAAAAUUCCAUGGAAGCUACUUGGUUUCGUAAAGGAUGCUGCUAUGUAGAAGUCCUAGCCCUGAAAUAAAAGAAACUCUACGUGA